GCUAACUUCAUUUUAUUAAAAGCAAAUGGCAACUUCCAAAACAUCAAGAAAUCAAGAGAACAUAAAGAAAAUGAAUCUAAUACAAUUAAAGGAAGUGCUACAAAGGGAAGAAACACUAUUAAAAAAUAAAUCUCUCCUUUCCAAGCUUCCAGAUAGAGGAGAAUCUGUGAGAAAAUUUCACGAACAAGUAAAAAACGAAAUAAAAUACAGGGAAGAUUUAUCCGAUCUAGAGCACUCAAUUUCAGCAUUAAAACUUUCAGAAACUGAUAAACACGUACAAAAAUUAUGCGAAAUGGAAAAGACACCGAAAAAAGAACGUUAUAAACCAUUUAGCACUCUAAAUAAUACAAAACAAGUGCAUACAAAUAGAAACGUUUUUAAAACUAUGGAAGAUUGGAGUAAAUGCAAUAAACCAACGAAAUUGAUAUCUUUAGUUGAAUCGAUCGAAAUUUUAAAACAUCAAGAUGAGGUAAUUAAAGAAGAACAAGUUAAACUUAAACAUAGAUUAUUGGUAAGACAGCUUGAAAAUGAAGACUCCGAAAAAAGUGAUGAAGAAAACAGUGAUAAUAGUGAUGUUGAAAGCGAGUCGGAAUCUGAAGAUAAGAAGAAGUGAUGAUAAGAUUAUUUGGUUGUUAUUAAUGUACAGUGUUUGUGAUAUCCUUUUCUUACCAAAUUGUUAAAUUGAAAAAUGAAUAAAACUUCGUUUAUAGUGUA